AUGGCAUGGCAGCCAUGGGAGAAGUUCAAGGCCGACCAUCCCGCCACGGCGGACCGCAUGGUUGAAUCAUGGACCGCCGUCAGGCCGUAUCUGCCUCCGGUCAACUUCAUCACAGUUCACUACGCCUACUUCAUACUGACCGGGCUCAUCUUUGCCGGCAUCUUUCACGGACUCUCGAACCCGGCAAACAGCGUCACCUUCAUCGACAGCCUUUUCCUCGUCUUCUCCGCCUUUACCACCUCCGGACUCAACACGGUCGACAUCAGCCAGCUCAGUACCGCCCAGCAGGCUAUCAUAGCCUUGAUGAUGAUGCUUGGCAGCCCCGUCUUCGUCUCCAUCUUCACCAUCUGGCUCCGCGCCCGCGUCUUUGAGAAGCGAUUCGAGGACAUCGUCGAGGCCGAACGAAACAGGAGGAUCAAGAAGACCGGCCACAUAGUGGGCAUGGCUGGCGCCAUGAUUGGUCUUCCUGUCAUGUCGUCCUUCAAGGGGUCUAAGCGGAAGAAGAAGAAGGGGAGACACGAGCGACAGGCCGAGGCAGACGCCUUCCAGCUGACGGGAUUUACGUCCCGCGAGAAGGGCCACGGCCGGAGCCAAAGCCAGACCACCAAUCAGGAGUCUGCACCACACGGCACCCUGGAGCCCAUCGAGGAGGGCCAGAAGUUCGCCGUCUCCCACAGUUCCACCGAGCCGCUCUCGCCCAGGUCAAAUGCCACCACCAGACGGAGGCCUGUCAGUCGUGAUGACGGCCUGUCUAUUUCAGAAGGCUUCGACUUCAAGACGUUCAUCCACGAGAACAAGAAGUCGAUCGGCAGGAACGGCCAGUUCUUCGACCUCACGGAGGAACAGCGCGAGUACCUGGGAGGCGUUGAAUACCGGGCGCUCAAGAUUCUCUUCACCAUUGUCUGCGUCUACUUCGUCCUCUGGCAGCUGCUUGGCGCCAUCACGCUCGGCGCCUGGUCAUACGUGCACAACCAGGAUGUAACGGCCGUCAAUUCGCAAAAUUCCUGGUGGGCCGGCAUCUUCCUCGCCAUCUCUUCGUUCAAUAACGCCGGAAUGACGCUCCUCGACGCAGGCGUGUCGGCCUUGGACAACGAUGCCUUCGUCUUGACCAUUGUUACCAUCCUUUCCCUGGCUGGAAAUGCUGCGUUCCCUGCGUUCCUCAGAGCGACCGUUUACUUCUGUAGCUUGGUUUUGAAGAUGUGUGUUGGUGACGACGAGUACACCGUCUGGAAGGAAGCCUUCGAUUUCAUCCUGAAGUACCCUCGUCGUCUGUACAUGAUGAUGUUCCCUGCCAAGGCCAACUUCGUUUUCGUCACCAUGUUCUCCACCAUCGCGGUCAUGGACUGGGUCUUGUUGUUGGUUCUCAGCAUCGGCAACUCUGCUAUCGAGGCAUACCCGGUUGGAAAGCGAGUUGGGCUGGCCAUCUUUCAGGCACUCGCCAUCCCUUCCUCGGGUUUUGCGGUUGUUUCUGUCUCCAGCCUCUAUUUCGACGUUCUGGUCCUCUGGGUCAUCGUGAUGUACAUUUCCGCAUACCCGGAGAUUAUCGUCAUGAGAAACUCAAACGUGUACGAAGAACGGUCACUUGGAAUUUACACCACGGAACCCGAAAAGCCCGAGGACCCAGACGCGACCGCCAACGAGUCGACAGAUGAACUCCUACCAACCGUUGAGCACGUCCUAUCUGAACAGACGGUUGCCCUUAGCCAAGAGCGAACAGCAAUUUCCGCAUCAGGCGUGUCACAAGCAAAGCCGGGCAUCCCCGCCAAGUCCGUCAAGAGGAUAGCCGCCAUCGGCCGGCGCGGCACCUCCUUCGUCGGCAAGCAGAUCCAGAGUCGGAUGAACAACUUCCAGGGCGUGGGCGUGACGACGAAGCCGCGGCUGAAGCGGUCCGCCGCCAUCAACUUCGACAACCCGAACGGGGGGCCCCCGGGCUCCGCCUCCGCCGCGCUCGACGGCCACGUGAGCCUCGUGUCGCAGCACCUCCGGGGCCAGCUGUCGCACGACAUCUGGGCCAUCGCCUUCGCGCUGUUCCUGGUCACGCUGAUCGAGACGUCCCACUCGAUCACGGACCCGCGCUCCUACAGCGUCUUCAACUUCUUGUUCGAGAUCGUGUCGGGGUACACCAACAUCGGCCUGUCGAUAGGCCUGCCGGGCCGCUCGUUCAGCUUCGCGGGCGGCUGGUACACGGGCUCGAAGCUGGUCAUGAUCAUGAUGAUGAUCCGUGGCAGGCACAGGGGUCUGCCAGUCGCGCUGGACCAUUCCGUCAAGCUACCUGGGUGGGACAAUGUCAAGAAGCAGAAUGAGGACGCCGAGAUUAGACGGAGUUUGCCUAGGAGUCGAACUACUUUAGAGUUAUAG